UCACCUCACACAAACGCUCCAUCACGUCAAAAUGCUACGAAGAACACGCAAAGCAGUCGUUCAUGUUACUCUAUUCUUCGGAGCUCUUCUACUAAUCGUAUUCAUCAAUCUCCCACAAUCAAACAGCAAGUUCUUCGCCUGGGAUAAGGUUCGCUACCAAACGUCAUCUGCAUCACUUCCUGAAACCCGCGGCAUCUGUCCUGGUCUGGACAAAACAACAAAGCCAGUACUCGUAGUAUCACGAGUCUCUUCUGAUGGAGACAUCAACUGGUCGGAUAGCCUGUCUGAAAAAUAUCAUCGAUGUGUCUACACGGCUGAUGCACCGCUCGACAAAACUGCCGUGCAUUUGCAGGUCCCGGCGAACCGUGGUCACGAGGCGAUGGGGUACCUGACUUUUCUGAUUGAUAAUUACCAGAAUGUUCCCAAAGCUGGAGUGGUGUUUGUUCAUGGAUCUCGUUGGGCGUGGCAUAACGAUGCGCCGGAUUACGAUAACACGGCUCUCCUUUCAAUGCUGAAUGUCACUUCUGCGUUGGCGCCUUUUGGAUACCACAAUCUCCGCUGUGACUGGAGUCUCAGUACCUGUCCAUUGUCUACAGCACCUCAAGGAAGUUUAGAGACUUCUUCGCAAGCAAUUCUUGCACCAUGGGAUGCACGAGCGACUUCUGACGCGGCACUCCCAAUAGCCUUGGCAUCGAUAUUUGGAGGCGAGGGUUUUGCAAAGUAUGGACCAAAACUAUAUCUCGGCCGUACUGCUACAGUACGAUCACAAUGCUGCGCACAAUUCGUCGUUUCGCAAGAAAGUAUCUGGCGACACUCCCAUGAAGAAUACAUUGCCCUUCGACAAUGGCUUCUCGACGGCCCAGCCAACAAAGAUGCCGCACCUCCAGACGACAAAGUAGCUGGUCGGAUCAUGUCUUACAUCUGGCAUAUUCUCUUCAUCAAGCAAAAGAAGAGUGACAUCUCCGCCGGUGUCGUCGACCUCGACCAGCUGAAUAAUCAAGCUUGUCCGCGUGCCGAUGAGUGCUACUGUCGACUUUAUGGACGUUGCAAUCUUCGUGGGUGUGAAAAACCUGGGAAGUGCCUGGGCCAGUAUCAGUUGCCUCCGAAGUUGAAAGCUCCGAAUGGUCUGGAGACUGCAGUUUCUGAUUCGGAUCAGAUUAAGGUUGGUGUUUGGGGGAAGGAUGGCCUCAAGCAUUGAGUUGGCUGUAGAUCUGUGGAGAUCAUUCGCAUCUGAAGACUUUAGAGACAUAGAGACUCGGUGUGAGAUCGCAACUGGCCGUCAGGCGAAGGCAACUGUUGAAAGGGAGUUGCGAGCACGCAUGCCACCUCGCGGCUACAAGCCAUGAUUCCCGGAGAUUGGAUGCAAGCGAUGCUGCGAGGUCCCGACGGUAGAAUUAAAUCAAACUGAAACGACCGGCAGUGAUGAGAAGAGGAAGUCUUUGACAUGGGAUCUAGCAUGUGUGAGUGCUGGAAAUGCAAACAAAAUUGCUGUGUUCGGAAUCUCUGCAAAUCUUUAUCAGCGGUUCAGCCUAUCCCGAAAUCGAGCUGGAAAGAUCCUACAAACUUCAACAUGGCAGCUGUUCACAGUAUGAAAAUGAUAAGGCUGUAUAUCUGUCCCCCGGAGCCGGAAAGUGGAGGUGGGACUUGUGCUGUAUUACAACCUUUACCAUCUGCUAGAUAUUGGUGGUGGCUAGAAGUGUCCAUCAAAGAUAGUUCAAGAGUAUUCGGCGUACUGAGUCUUGCUAUGCUGUGAGGUCGGCCGGGUUGCUUGCAAUGUGCUCGGAGAAGUCUCAUUGAGGCGACAAUCUCAUCGAAGCUCCAUGCGGGAGAUAAGGACUCUACCCGAGCCGAUUCGUAUGGCAGCACAAAUAGACCUCUCAAUUCAAAUUGCAUCUGCAAAAAUUGCGCAGCCCGAUAUGAGAAUCCGUCUGAUCCGAAUGAUCUGGCUUCCCAAACUUACACCUUUUCUCGAUAACUCGAAAAUAUCUGGAGAGGUUUUGAGAGUUGCUGGAAGAAUUGUUGAGGAAAGAAGCCGCUGAAUUGUCGCCUGGCACUAUUUGCUCGCACCUUAAGUGAGCGUAAACAGGCAGUGCAGAGAGAUUGUCGGGAAAGUCAAUAAUGAGAACCUUCUACAUUUCACCCCAAACCAGGGGGAAUGCAUAAAUCCAGCAUAAUGGGGCUCUUAUCGCUCUUUUCUUCUGUCCUUCCCUGCUUCAGCAAGGUCCAGGUAGACCGUAGCUGUGGCUAGCACAUUCUGUGUCGAAGUUCAUUCUUUUAUGAAUCAAGGACCUUUGGUACAAUUUGAGAAGUACUCAAGAUACUACUCCUUUCAACUGGGACUCAAGUUCGAAGAGGUCAAAACCAAGCAGGGAAUCGGAAAGUUCAAAGCAUACAAAUAACACAACAUCCGAGGCAAGCGCCAAAAAGUUUGACAGCCAGCGCUUGCCAGCUGUCUCUCCCAGAACAUAUGUAGACAGACCUUCAUAUUCAUCAAUCCAUCCACUAUCAAGAAAAGAUACAGUAGUUAAAUUGAGGGAAACUUCCCAUAGCCUG